GUCGGUGCUUGGAUCUACUGGAAUUUAACAGACAAUAUUUUUCAUUUAUCAAUUUCUAACUUUACGGUACCGGUACCACCAACCCAAGUCACAGUGCUGCGAAUCAGUCGCCAUAGUACGAAGCCCCAAACCGGACAUUUUUGACAACCAAAAAAAAAAAAAUAUCACGUACGUACGUAUAUAGUAAAAAAACACGCUAAAUAUAGCCUAGCCCGAGUCGGCCGAGAGUCUUCUCCGUCUCUCACGAUGCAGAAUCUGCCUUUCGCGCCCCGGAAAAUGCGCAUAGGAGCUCCUCCGUUUUGCGAUCACAACGAUCUUGUUCGCGGUAUAUCCAUUGAACCAUUGGUUGUGAGGAUGCGAUCAGACGUUAACCUUGACGUAUACUUUGAUCCAAACGUGAAUCAAAUUUUGAAAGAACAAGGGCUUAACUCCAUCAAUUUUGAUCGCGAUGGGGAUGUGCUAACGACUGAUGAUUAUUAUUCAGAUAAAGGAUUAAGAAUUUGGACAUUGGCGGAAGUAUCUUCUGGGGUCUUGCUUGUAGAACUUGAUCCACAGUUCGUACCUUCCGACAACAACAAAACAACUGUUCAAAAGCGCAUUGAGAAAGUUCGGUAUCACAGAGAUAAAGUGAACGGAUCAUACUACGGUGGAGAUGUUCAUAGUUGGCAGAGGUAUACACGUCAGUUGCCUCUGGCAUGCCAAGUUACCAUUGAUCGAGAUGCACAUGCCCUCUGCAUUCAGUCCAAUUCAUCUCUUCAAAGUUGGAAGAGGUAUUCGAUUGUACUUCGGCAUCGAGAAAAUCAUCGCACUGGCAACAUCUACCAUUUUCACUUUGCAAACCCAGAAUGUAUUGACAGGUACGAGAUGGAUCAAGGGCGUGUAAUUAGUGAUGCAGUGCUUCCUUUUCGGUAUUCACAAACAAAGAUAAGCGUGUCAACUCCAGUAACAACCCCAUCCCCCAGCCUUGAAGAAACCCUGAAGUCACAUGCUGUAGAGGAACAUCGUCAGAAAAUGAAGUUCCUUGAAGAUGAACAGAAGAUCAAACUGAAUUACCUAGAGGAAGAACAGAAGCUCAAAUUGGAAGUACUACAGCUAAAGAAGCAUGUAGAGCAAAGGAAGUUAGAUCUUAUUAAAAAGCACCAAGAUGCCAUUUAAAUAUUUGAGUCAUGGGAAAAAGAAGUUUGGUUCAUUUGUAAUCCGGGUUAUUUGAACCCAUCUAACGUUAAAAAAAAAACUUUUUAUGUAUUUCUUGUUUUUUGACUGUUUGUGUUUUUGUUUUUCAGAUGGAAAUCAUUGCUGACAAAAUCUGAUCAUAAAGAGAAAAAAAAUUAAUUGAUUUUAAUCAGUAAGAAGUAGAAAUAAUGAUGCAUUUAUGAAUUUUGGUUAAAAACACAAUUUGAAUUGGAUUUGUACAUGAAUUUACGUUUUUGAGCAAUUUUGGGUCUGACAUGCUCUUACAUAAUUUUGUGUAAUUCUUUAUGUUUUGCAUACGGUCCACUGCCCAGGCAUUGCAAAUUUGGUCUUAAAAGUUGCGCAAGACUUAGUACAGUGCGGUCCAAAAAUUUUACGCGGCAGAAUUAUCACGAUAAAUGUUGAGGGGGCGGAUUCCCCCCCUCCCGGGCCUAUGGGAUGUGAAAUGCACAUUUCACACUAGGUAAAAUUUUGAAAGCAUGAUGGAUUCAAAGAAAUUAUCAAGAUAAUUGUUAUUUGUAUCAUACCAAUCAUUCAUCAUGCAAAUCAUUAAUUUUAACAGUUACUGAAAAACUAUCAGGGCUUACAUUAACUUAGGCUAUGGCCUCGGAUACCCCAUUGAUUGGCCAGCCUCAAUGCUCCUUUUGCUGGCCUUGGAUGUUUGUGCCCAUUAUAGUUUUUCCCCAUUUGUAGUGAAGUAAAAUGUUCCCUUUUUGAAAUGUUGCCUUGCUCUAGGUAAAAUAUUGCAAUUUAAUGCGUCAACUUUAUACCAUGUGAAUUAAAAAGAAAAAAAAAACUUGACACCUCACAAACCCCAAAGUUAAAGGUAAAAGAAAGCAAUUGCUGCAAACAAUUAUUUCAUGAGAGUCUUUUAAAUCAAGGUUAAAUGUCGCCUUAUUAUCAUAUAUUGAGAUCUGGUACAUUAAUGUAAACUUAUCUUUGUAAGAUCAUGCAAUCUUAGCUGAAAACCGAUAAUUCUGAUGAUCACGAACACAGAAAAUCUUAUGUGGGACAGUGUAGUAAUAUUGCUUUGAAAAAUACCCAACAUCUGAUGGAAUUCCGUGUUUAGUUUGCUUAUUUCUCAACAAUUAAGCAUUUGCUUCCAGAGCCAUUUGGCACAUAUUUUUUAUUUAUACAAAGUAUACAGACACUUGGGUGGUAAUUUUAUUGGAUUCUGUUCGAACUCAUUUUGAGAUCAUUACCACAACUGGUAUUUAUCUUUGAGGAAAAAAUAUUUCACGAACACAUAAUUAUUAUAGACAUUAUUAUGGCUUGAAAGAGUAUUUUCUCCCUAAUAAUUUUAUACCAUAUUUAUGCAGAAUGUAUUAAUGCUUGGAUAAUCAGGAGGUAUUUUUUACUGUGAUGUAAAGUUUAAUUUGCGCCAAAGUAAUGCAAUGAAUGAAUCUAGAUGCCAAUGUAAUCAUACAUGAGGUUAGUAAUAGUAAACACAUUUGCAAACCCCUUUUCAAUUAAAUUAACUUGAGAAUUGAUACUUAAAAGCAUUUAUUAAGUCUAAUGUUGAUUAUUGAAAAAAGUGUUUUGCAAUGGAUUUUUAUGCAACCCUUGUCAGGAUUAUCGCAUCAUUGACAUCUAGAUUCAUUAAAUGCAGACAUUCCUUACUUUGGUGCAAGUCAAAAUAUGCAUCACUACAAAGAAUACCUACUGAUUAUCCAAGCGCAUACCACAUAAAAAUGAUUUCAAAUUAAUUGGGAGAAGAUACUCUUUCCAGCCAUAUAUAACAGACCUGCCAACCUCUGGGAAUAAAAAAUUGUAUUCUGUGAUAACAAAAAAUUGUAUUUUCCCCCAAAAAAGUGUAUUUCAUAAUAAACUGCGUGGCGCACUCGCUCAUUGCGGCGCUCAAGCUGCAUGCAAGCUAAAAUGCGCACUGCUCUUGCAGAUGAAAAAAAAAACAUUUAAGCAUAUGUGUAUAUCUCAUCCUGGUUUCAACAAAGUGAUUGAAAAAAAAGCAAGUUACCUGAAAUUACAUUGAUCUAAUAACCAUAUUUGUGUAAGUUUUAUGAAAAAGAGACACAUAGAGAUGAUUUUUCUCAAUAAAUUGAUUAAAAAAAAAAAAAAAAUGUACUGCCGUAUUUUGGUUGCAAAAACGUACUAAAUACGCCAGGAACGUACUGGUUGACAGGUCUGAUAUAAUGAUUAUGCGUUCAUGUCAUACUUUUGCUCCAAAUUGGGAUUUGUUAAGUGUCAAGUUUUUUUUACUCAUACGGUAUACAUAGGGAUAUAUACAACGUUCUUUGCUCAUAAUGCACCACCUAAUAUUGGUGUUAGAUAUGCCCCUCCUUUUUCAAACAUAUACAUUGUGACGUCUAUAUGAGCUCCGAUUGUUAUUUAUGUUUUGAGCCAAAUGCGUCUUUAUGGCAAUACGCCUAGUCACAUAGGCUAGUUGUACACGGAAUCGCACAUCUCUCUUGUCAGUCACUUGAGAAAGACAGUAGGACAUCUUCAAAAAUUUGUGCAUCAAAUAAACUUAUAUGUUGGAAUAAAGCA